AUGGCGAGCGUUGAAGGAAAUUGGUUGGAAGCUGUCGCAAUCAACACUAUCAUCAUGCUUGUGUGGCGUAUCUUGUCCUCGACUCAGGAUGAGAGUGUUCAAAGUCGUGGAUAUUCGCUCCUUCGAAGGAUACGAACUGAGACUUUUAUGUUGCUGACGCAACUAUCAGAGAACACGCAAGCCAGGGACGAGACGGUCAGCCGGGAUUUACAAGGGCGCGUUCUGGAUAUGGCAGUCACCUGUCGUAGCACUUUUGAUGUCGAUGGAAGUGCUUCACUGCUCCUGACGUCGCACGAUGACAUCAAAGUAUUUGUAUAUUGUGCGGUCAUGAUUUAUGACAACACUCCAAACCAACUCGACAAUCUUCCACAAUAUUCCAAACUACUACUAGAGCGAGACAAGAGAUGUUGCCACGCAUUAGAAUCCACUAUCCACCAAUAUGCAGAGUUUCACAGGGAGGGUCUUGAUUUGGCGAUGGCCAAGAUUUGGGGCAGCUACAGACCAGGAACUUCUUGGAGGGCACUGACGGCUCCGAAUUCUCGUUGGCUCGUGGCACAGACUGCGCCUUCGCAUUCCCAAUCACCGCAGGACGUGCGCAUCAAUUUGAUUAGCGGAUGCUUGCUUGUCGACGGGAAGCAGCUGGGAAGACUUCCUCCAAUGAUAGUACAACAUCCCACUUACCAAUCAAUUUUCAGCGAUGUGUCUUUUGCUCUUCGUAACUCAAAUGAUCUCAUCAUCCGUGCGAAGCACAUCAAAGAUGAUUCACCUAUCCUCCAGCUCAUUCCGAGCCACAAAUUUGUGGAUGACUUACCGACAACCUUGGUAGCAGGCGAUACUCAUUGGCUCAACCUGCACACAAAUGAAAUCGAGAUUCGCCCAGUAGAAAAUGCAUGGAAGUCAUCGUCUGAAAACUGGGUUUUGCGAUUUUCCGUUUCAGGUUCCUCAAUGGCGCAGAAUUCCAGUGGUGCCACCCUUGUCGACAUACGCAGCCAAACGUGGGACAUGAUCUCUAGAAGGUUGCGUCCUCUGGAGAAUGCAAGCUUUAUCAUGGUCACGUGUAACAAAACGUCUGGCAGCACUCCCUCGUGGAGGGCUGAUUUACCUCGAUAUGGCCUCGAGUUCUUCAUCGACCAGGAUGGAGAACUGCAGUCCCGUAACAUGGGCAACAUGGUCGUUGAUAUCAUCCAGUCCACUGGAACGAUGUUGGGAUUGAUCAAUCAGCUCAUCUUGCGCCCGAAGUUGCAAAUUGCAGAUGAGCAUUCACGCACCGUCAUCAUCCCAGACGGUCGUAUCUUAUACUCCGCUGACGGUCACCAUGUCCGCGUCACUAUCACUCCUGAAGGUACUCGAAUGACAUACCAGUUGUACAGGAUUGAUACGGAUCUAUGUUGCCUAACUGGGAACAUGGGUCUGACGAGUAAGCUCUAUCAGACACUGCUCCAUGCUGUUACUAGCAGCUGUCUUCCUGAUCCCCUGACGGGUCGAACGGGGACAGAGGAGGCGUUGCAUCUCUUGCAUUCCGCAGCUUGCCGAUCGUUUAUGAAGCUCCGCCCUCGCGACGCAGAUUUCUUGCGCGAGAUCAGUUCUCUGUCAACCAAGCGUGUCUGGUAUCCCACUCAUCUUCAGAAGAUGCAGACGAUUUCAUGGUCUUGCCUUGCGCCCCUUGCACAGCACCAUGGUUUUCAUCCAGCUGCGAAAUCUAUCAUGGAUUACGGAAUGAAGCUUUCGACUUUCUCAGAAGGGUCUGCAAACCUUCAGGUUGCCUAUGAGCUUCCACGAUUCACCAACCAUCUUCUUGAGCGCGCUUCAGUUCGUGCCUCGACGAUCUAUCCUGAUCAGUUCUCUCUUCCACUUCCGCUCGGUGAUACAGAUGUUAUCUACGCCUCACGUCAUAUUCCCGACAAGGUUGCAGAAGAGAGAGCAUUCCAAAUCACCCUCAUGGUGCAUCAGUGGUCAUCCAAACUUCCAGUGCAACGGAAUCUCCUUGAUUUGUUGACUCAGUGGCAGAAUGUCCAGGGCACUGGCAAGCCGCUCAGCUUGCAGUACUCCAAAGACUGGAUUCAACCAAGUUUGCCUGAUGUCUUCCUUUCUGCGUACGAUUGCUGUCGUAGGGCCACAAAGAAAGACAUACCUCGGCUGGUGUUCACCCUGGCUUCGUUAUCAUACAGCUUGUCGGAGAAUCAUGCACUCGUGCCAACACUCUUAGCCUUCGCCACAGUUUCCGAAAUUCGCUGUCUGGGAGGCCCACCGAAGUUCGCUUCGUAUGAUCUCUCGGAUGACUUCAUGCCAUCCAAUACAAGAUUGAACAAUAUAAUCGAUUCGUUUGUCAAGGAUUAUAAAGUCAGCGAGGAGAAAGAGCUAGCUGCAAGUCCUGGUGAAAAGAAAAAGGCUCUGGAGAAGCGUCGUCGUGCAGCUUUUAAAGACAGGUGUCUCUCCGAAAAACAAGUCAUUCUCAGCAAAGUUCAGGAUGGCUGGCCAUGCGAAAAUCCUCCGGCACUUGAUACGUUGCAGGUGAAGUGUUAUAAUCUCAUCGAUAUGCCAGGGAAACUGUCCCCGGUGUUUCGUAGCUGUUGGCGAAACCGUUGUCUGAAGCUACACCUGGAUAGUCUGCAGUGGACGCUCAGACAGGUCUACACGCCAGAUUUCUCUUCGAAACUACCAUCUCAAUAUGAUCGUAAUUCCUACCUCGAGGACUCAGAUAUUGCAUCACCGGCCUCAUCCAUUGAUGCGCAGUACCUGUUCAAUAGAGAUCCGCCUGUGACAAGCAUGUGCGGGUCUUCCCAAGUUCUGCCUAAUGCCAAUCCGAGAGAUUUGGUAUCCCCAGACUCCCAAGUCGCAGCAGGGUUGCAACAGCUGAUCAACGAUUUUCGCGCACGAGGAAGUGACAAGUUUCGCCGCAAAUACGCCGACGAUCUGGAUCAGAGCAGGUCGAUCUACUGUGACGAGAAGAUCAUUGCCCCACCAGAUUCUACGCCAUACACAAUGGAACUACUGCUUGAGAACCAUUCUCUCCAUAGAAGUCUUUUGGGGAAGGCUUGGCGUGCUGCUCUUAUCCAGCUGUCGCAGAUACUUUUGCAGCUGCAACGCUCGCGAAGGCUGUUGGUCUUUGCUGCUAAGAAAAACUGGGUCGAGUUCUUCAAGGAGUUGGAUAGCGAAGAAUGCAAGGGAUUUGAUCCGGAGUUGUACCCUGAUUGGCUUUUAAUACAGAUUGAAAGUCAGUUCUUGGCACGACCGGUCCAGGUCAAAGUCGCGCUAGAGAUGAUGUCACCAUGCACAGGGGGAAAUACUUCUCUCCAACUGAACUGCAAAUCCUACGUCAUCGUUCCUCUCGUAGCAGCUGCACUCUCUGAUGGCCACAAACUGGUCCGAGUAAUCGUGCUAAAGUCGUCGUCGGCCCAGAUGUUCCAGCUCCUGGUCGAACGACUAAGCGGCCUUGCACAAAGGCGCAUUUUUUAUAUCCCAUUCUUCCGCGCGUUCUCUAUCGACUCAUCGAAGGUGCAGAUGUAUCGUGACUUGAUGCAAGAGUGCAUGGAUACCAAGGGAAUCUUGGUCGUGCAACCGGAUCACAUUCUGCCAUUGCAGCUGAUGGCUGUCGACCGUCAGCUUUCCCCUCAGAUUGAAGCUGCUGAAGAUAUGCUGCAGACUCAGCUAUGGCUCGACAAUCACACACGCGACAUCCUGGAUGAAAGUGAUGAAAUUCUGCAUGUUCGCUACCAGAUGGUAUACACUGUGGGUCUCCAAAGGUCACUUCAAGGUCAUCCGGAAAGGUGGACGACAACACAACAAGUGUUGAGUCUUGUUGCGAAACACGCCGCUCGGCUCAUGAGCGAGCUUCCCUCUCGUUCAGAAGUAUCUCUUCGUGAGCACGGAGGGUUCCCCUUCGUUCGGAUUCUGCACCCGACAGCAGGUGAAGCAUUAGUUCGAUGGAUAGCAGAAGAUAUCAUCAAUGGCGCCCUUGAAAACAUCGGCUUCGAUCAAGCAUCCCCCCAUUGGAGGAUCGCUAGAGACACUAUCGUUUGGCCCAGCCUUCUAGUCUUGCGAGGAUUGCUGGCGUAUGGUAUCUUGGUGCACGCAAUCAAAGAACGCCGCUGGCGCGUGGACUAUGGCCUUGCCCCAAAACGAACGAUGUUAGCUGUUCCAUUUCGCGCAAAAGACAUGCCCUCAUUGCGGGCAGAGUUUGGCCAUCCGGACAUUGCUGUCACCCUCACAUGCCUAUCAUACUACUAUGCAGGUCUAACGCUCCAGCAGCUGAUGCUGUGCUUUGAGCUCCUGCUGAAGCAGGAUGAUCCUGCCCUCGAGUAUGAGUCAUGGGUUGCUAGACUUCCGUCUGUCCCAGAAAGUCUGUGUCAGCUUAGCGGAAUCAAUACGGAAUCCGCAGAGCAGCUCCCUGAGCUUCAACGACUGUUCGAAUUCAACAAGGCGGUCAUAGAUUUCUAUGUGUCCCGAGUAGUUUUACCCAAGGAAGCGAAGGCAUUCCCCAGCAAGCUCACCUGCUCCGGGUGGGAUCUCGCUCAAGAGAAGAGACAUCUCACCACCGGCUUUUCUGGUACCAAUGACAAUCGCUAUCUUUUGCCAAGCUCGAUGGUGCAGCAUGACCUUGAUUACCAACGCAGCACGAAUGCCCGAGUCCUGGCGUUCCUUUUGCGCCCAGAAAACAACUGCUAUAGACCCAUACCGCCUGGCCAGAAGAUGCAACAUUUCAUCGAGACCUUGAUAGCACAAACCCCCGAGGUCCGCGUGCUCCUGGAUGCUGGUGCGCAGAUGCUGGAAUUGAAGAAUCAGGAAUUAGCCGAAGCAUGGCUUAGAGCCAAGUGUGACGCCCAAGCCGCAGUCUUCGUGAACAAUGACGACGAAAUUGUUGUCGUUAGUCGGGAUGGGACAGUGGAGUCUCUUAUGUCGUCUCCUUUCGCCCAACAGCUCGACCAGUGUGUGAUAUAUCUCGAUGACGCGCAUACAAGAGGAACGGAUGUCAAGCUGCCUUCUGGCUUCCGAGCUGCUGUCACGCUUGGUCCCAAAGUCACGAAAGACCGCCUGACGCAAGGAUGCAUGCGAAUGCGGAAGUUGGGCAAUGGUCAUUCAGUGAUGUUCUUCGCUCCGAUGGAAGUUGACCGAAGCAUUCGUUCGGCAACUCAGAAGGCUGAUACAGAUCGUGUUGAUGUUGCAGACAUCCUGCACUGGGCGCUGCUUGAAACUUGUCUUGACAUUGAAAUACGUGCAUUCCACUGGGUUCAUCAGGGAUCAGAUUUCAAUGCACGGCGUUCCGCAUGGGCUCAAUUCUCGCGUGCGCCUACCACUUCGAUUUCCACCCUGAAAACAGCCUGGUUGCAGCCAGAGGAGCGUUCAUUAGAGGAUAUGUACGCACCACGCAAUCCCUCACACCGGGUAUCCCAUAUUUGGGAUGCAGACAUUCGAAGCAAGUGUGAGGAGCUCGGGGUUCUAACAGGACCCGAAAGGAGCAUGGAUGAGGAACAAGAGAGGGAGGUAGUCCAUGAGGUAGUCCAUGAGGUAGAGAGAGAACGUGAGGUGCAAAGGCCGUCCAAAGUGCAACCCGCAGCUCAGGACUUGCAUGCGCAUGUCCGUCAAUUUGUCAAGACCGGCCGAAUUCCCAAAGGGUCCCCCGUUUUCAUUCCAGCGCUAUCCAGCCUCGUCAACACCACUGCCAAAUUUCAUGAAGAUCAUCACUGGGCGCGCAGCGUUUUAGUAACCCGUGACUUCGCUCGUACGGUGGGGACUACCCUAACCACACAGAAAGUGGAUGAAUACCUGCGGCCCGUCAAUUGGAUCGUGCUCAGUGACGUUGGAGUGCUGGUAGUCAUGAGUCCUCACGAAGUGGACGCACUGCUGCCUGAUAUCCGCAACAGCAACGCAGUUCAAUUAUGUCUCUAUACUCCUCGGACCACACGCACGAUGAAGGCAUGCGAUGAUCUCCGACUGUACCGUGUUCCUUCGACGCCACAUCUGACACCAUCGGAACUGCAGAUUUGCCAGCUCAAUCUUUUUGCAGGUCAACUGUAUUUCUCCAGUUGCGAAAUGUAUCUCCGCACUUGCAAUUUCUUAGGGCUCAACGCGCUGGAUUUGGUAGAUGAGGACUUGAUAGCUGACAGUGAUGGAUUCAUCAGGGAGGAGAAUCGCUCUCCUGCGAGAGCAUCGUGUUUGUUCAAGCGAUCCCAGCUUCCUCCGCUGAAGGAGUUGUUCGGAAUGAGAAGGAAAGGCAUGGCGUAUCUGCCAACUCACCUCGGAAAGAUGUUCAAUGGGCGCAUUCUGACCAAAGGGGAUCUUCUGGACCGAGCGCCGAGUCUGUUUAGCUUCUUCGAUGAGUCAUUACUCGUACAAUACAGCCAGUGCCGGCAGGUUAUCUCUUGGCAGGACCCAUACGCGCCUGGCUUAUUCGACAUCCCGAAGAAGCGGGGCAAAUUUGGUCUUGUUUAUGGUGGACGAUAG